GGAGGUAAGUCGGCGGAGGGCUUUCGGGGAGGAAGAAGACGACUGAAAAAGCUCGUCGAGCCGCGCCGCGUUUACAAACGUUUUCCACUCAAAACGACGGCUAAGGACGCUGCCGGUGGCACCGGGCGGUCAGAAAGGAGCAUAACGCGGCGCCGUGCACACAAAUGAGGAAGUUAUGAAGGGUGUGCUCUUGUGUCCGUGUCGCUUCUCUCUCUCUCUCUCUCACUCACUCUCUCACUCUCACUCUCUCCUGCUCUCUCUCCGUCUGUGUGGAAGAACCGUUCCUCACUGAGCUCUGUGGAGGAAAAAAACACACAACAGCUCACCGGUGGUGCUGAACUGUGGUGAACGUGGACGCCGAGAAGACGCCGGGAAGUAAAGUAAACGUGACAAGAGCGUGUCAGCGGCUCUCUGCUUCUCCACGUCCCCCCCACCGCCACUUUAAAACUAUUUCCUUCUCACACCGGUGGAGAGUGGGUCGACCGUUCAGCACCCAGCGAGCAGGAAAGCGCCCUGCUCAACUCAACUGUUCCGUGAAGAAGUAGCCUUCACUUCACUUUGGCUUGAAGUCUUCCAACUUUCUCCAGAGUUGCAGCUUUUCCAUCGCUUUUUCAGACAAAAAACAAACAGAAAACGAGACCAGAAGGAGCUUCCCAGCCUUGCUACUGUGCGGAUGGGCUCCACGGAUCACCGCCUAGCACACGUUCUUUGCCUGGGCUAUGCAGUGCCUCUGGAGCUGUCUCCUCAACCAUCCACACCCUUAGAGGAGCAGCAGAAGAUCCGGGGGGCUUGGGAGUUACAGCCGAAGAAGAUGGCUGCACAAACACAACGAACACAUUCAGGUGGCGAAAUACCCCUAGAGGAACUGCUGGCCCUGUACGGUUAUGACAUGUCCCACCCUGUCCUGCAGCAGAACCGCCAGCCCAGCGAGACGGCAGCCUCACUGCCAGAAACUACGAUAGACAAGAAUGCCAAGGAUCUGUUGUCAGGAGAGGAGGAUGAGGACACUCGGUCCUCUGCUGAUGACCUUAAAACAUCGGUUACUUCCCAUUCUUCUGAUCUUUUGCAAUGCCAUCUUAUAGACCCAGCCCUUCCAAAUGAAGACAAAGACGCAGCAGUCAGUUCCUCAGACGAAGAUUCAGACAGCACCGUUCCAUCCAAUGAUGGACGCAAGGACAUCAUGGUAGGCCCACAGUACCAAGCCACCAUUCCUCCUCUCGGCUCCUACACAUGCUAUGACAAAGCCUAUGAGAUCGAGGACCAGUUGUUAUGGACACCAGGGGUGAUGUCUGCCACGGCUGUGGAGGAGUUCUUACUGCAUGUACAGAGACGAGCAGGACAGGACGGGGCUGUGGACACCCUGACCUCAGGAGACCUAGUCAAAGACAAUGAGCAGGCACUAUAUGAACUGGUGAAAUGUAACUUCAAUGCAGAGGAGGCUCUGAGGAGACUGCGAUUCAAUGUGAAAGUAUUCAGUGAGGAGCUUUGUGCUUGGAGUGAGGAGGAAUGUCGAAACUUUGAGCAUGGAUAUCGUGUCCAUGGGAAGAAUUUCCACCUUAUACAGGCCAACAAGGUACGCACACGCUCAGUAGGAGAGUGUGUGGAGUACUACUACAUGUGGAAGAAGUCAGAGCGUCAUGAGUACUUCACCCAGCAGUCCACCAAGCUGGGACGCAAAAAGUACCCUCUGCAGUCAGGAAACAUAGAGGAUGGAGAGGCAGAUGGAGAGCACAGUGAAGUGGACAGUUCGAGCCUGCAGAUUCGCCCACCAUCACCAUCUACUGUCCUGCAGGUGGAGCAGUCAGGUGCUGAGUUAGAAAUCAGGGAGAUGGAGCUGCGCUCAGGUCCUCACUCCAGCCUGCAGAGGGAGCCGUUGUACAGCUCUUUUUCACCUGUCCUGCCUUUACAGGAGCUCCAGAGGCCUGUUGUGGACUGUCUCAGCCCAGACAGCUUGGCAGCCUCUCCCUCCAGUCAGCUUUAUACCUCUCCUCACCACCGUCAGCAGGAACCAGACCUUUUGGCUUCUGGCCUCUGCCAGCCACAGCUGGGUUCUCUAGACAGUGUACCGUCUGGCUCUCAGUGCAGAGCUUCUAGGCGACUUCAGACCGACUUCUCUUUACCUUCUACCCCUGUUCCAGCCUCUGCAAUUGCUCCUUCCAUCUCGGUCCAGGACUUUGGGGCUGUGGGGUGCUACCUGUGCCCUUCCUCUGCUCUGUAUCGUCCAUCCCUCCAGCCACGAUCACUUAUGCAGUAAAGAUCAGCACAGAGUUCAUUCUGGAAGACACUUCAAGCCUCAGCUGGAGAUUUCCAGAUUUUUUUCCCUGUCAGCUGUCAUUUUUGCCAAAGCGUGGCAUCGCUUGAAGCCUUCAACUGGGGACAGGUGUGAACUAUAGGAGCGGUUGAGAGAAGAAAUGUCCAAGAGCUGUUUACCGUACUUUUGUGAAUCUCCGGUAUUGUUGCUUUUUUCUCUGUGUCCUGUUGGUUAGUUCUCUUUGUUUUUAAGCAGGCUGCCUUGCUUUAUCUCCUGCGUUACCAGGUGCCUGCAAGUCUACAUGUAAUUAACAUCUUACCAAGAACAUCAGAAAAGCCUUUAAGAACCUUCUUGAGGUCUCAGCAGGGUUAAGCUACGGUCAGUUAAAACUGAACAAGUAGGUUCCCUCAGGUUUUGCAAUGAAUCAUUUAGAAAAUGCAGUUUAAUUUAUUUGGAGGGUUACUGUGACAUUGCUUUGCAGGUUUACUGAGGAGGUCAAACUGCUGGUAGUAUCUUCGCUUACACCCUGCUUUACAUCCUAUUCAAACUUGCUGUCCAUUUAGUUAUAAUGAAUAUGAACCUAACGUUUGGGGGUCUCACUGAUGGGAUUAACAUGUGCUGCGGUUAAUCACCCAGUCAGUAAUUGGUUCUGUUCUGUCUACAUGGGGAUUUUUCUGACCACAGUCUUUGGCAUGUACUAGCAUGAUUGAACCAGGAGCCCUGAUUGUAAAAGAAAGUAAAAACUGAUAGCCACUGCAGGCAGGUGUGCGUUUCCUGGUAUCUCUAAAUUGUUAGGAAUCCUAAACAUGCACAUGCCAUCCCAGCAGCUCAAAUGGAUGAGAUCAGUAGGUUCAUGUGUGCUUUAACAUUUUAAUUCAUACACUGCGAAUACCCAUAUUGGAAAAGUUAAAUGGGAGAAUGAACACGAUGGCUUAGGACUCAAAAAAGGAGCUAGAUAGUUUUCCACUGGAAUAAACAGAGGUGACUUUUUACUCUGCAUAUGUAAUAGCUCUUAUAGAUUUAUGUAUUGAAUGUCACUGGUUUCAUAUUAGAAGGUCGGAGGUAAAUGAUUACUCUGGCAGUGUCUGGCAAGUAAGUGAUAAAUUGGCUUGAUCUGUCUGUUAGAUACAGCAUUUCUCUAAUGCAGAGGGUUCUGAGUUGCUUAUUGUUAUUAGGCACCACGUUUAUAUAUGCUUGAAUCCUUUUAAUUAGUUGAAGGACUCAUUUUUAGGCCCAGUUAGUAUGACUGUGAUGAGAAGUUGUUCCUCUGGUUGUGUUUUAUUGAAUAGCUUGGUAUCUAGAAAUCCUGGACUUGAUCGAAAGGCCUUUGAUGCUUCUUCAAUGUGUAUUAGUGGGUGCGACUUUCGUCUUGGUUUUGUUUUCACUCUUUAAAAGAUCUCAGAGUGACUAACUUUUAGAGCAGUCUUCUGAUUUUAAUGCUUGGGUGAUUGUAACCGAAACUCCCUCUCAGAAUGAGGCUUCGUGCAUUCUGGUAAUUUAAUGAAAAUGUAUUUCAUAGAAAAUCUUUCUGAUAGUAAUCUGCCUACUGCAGUCAAAAAAGGCUGCACAUGUAGAGAACUGACCAACAGGUUCCAGAGGAAAAACAGAUGUGUUGUGGCUUUCUUUGAAUUGUGUGACUUCACUGUCACAAAGUGCAAUGCUCUUGUCUGGGAAGAGGUCAAGGUAUUUUCUGUGAAACCCCAGUUUAUAAUUCUGAAGAGCACACUUUAUAAAUGUUUCCUGAUUUUUUUUAUUGUUAUUUAGUGUGUCCUACUACCCACCCAUUUUAAUGUUGGGAAAUAGUUAAAAGAGAAUUUCACAGUUUUUUUUUUUUUCUCAAACUUCCUGUCUAAUUCAGUGGUUGAGAUGUAAACAAAGUCAUUCAGAGUGGUUUGAUGUGAAAUGGUUCAUAGAA